AUGUCCCAUCAUGUUCACCUUAACUCCAAAUCCCUCGAAUUUGCUCGUCUUAUUAACGCUAUCACCUCUUUAAACCACAAUAAUAACUUAAGAGCCUUGAAUGACAUUGACUCCAAGCUCAUUAGCCUUGGUCACCUUGCUGGACAGCUUGGAGGAUUUGUUGGUGAGAGUGAGAGUGUUAAGAAAGCCGUUGAGAAUGCUAUUAUCGCCCAAAUUACCAGUAAUGAAGAGCUUAAAAAUGAUUACUCUUCUCUUGUUACUAACCUUUCUGUGUCUGUCAACUCUGUUGGCAAGGCUGAUGACACCGGUGAAAUUAGUGAGCUUAGUGAGCGAGUUACUCAGCAAAUUAAGCUUUUUGAAGAUGAACUUAGUAAGCAUAAUAACCUUAAUAAAGAUGCUUCUCCUUCUUCCCCCUCUCCCUCUGCUGAGCUAGCCAAAUUGCAUUCCAAGUUGGAGGCUUUGAAGGAAGUGGAGAAGCUUUGUGGAUUUUUGACUAAUUCUAAUAAGCAGCAAAAUAACCCUACUAAUAAUAUUUUAACGCAUUUAUGUGACGGCCUCGAAAAAUUCCUCGGCUUCAACAAAAACUCCAAAGGCUACGAUGGCACUGGGAUUGUCUACUCUGACAUUGAUAGGCUGUGUGACGCGGUGAUGGGAUUUUUGAGUGGUGUGCUUGGUGCGGUGAAAGAUGAAAAUGAAGUGACAACUUAUGAUAAUUACAUUACUGGAGAUGAUAAAAAGCUUAAAAGUGUUCUCAAACUUGUAGAUAGUAAAAUUGGCUCCGGGCGCACUGGGCUUGCGGCGUCUGUCGGCGCGGUGAAGGAGUGGUUGGAGGGGUAUGAAAAUACAUUAACUGAGAAAACUAGUGAAGUUACUAAGCACUUAGAUACACUUAUUAAUGAGAUUGACAGCGAUAUUAAUGAUGUUCAAGGCUUAAGUACAUAUAGACUUUUUCAACAGUAUGACUCUUGUUCUCUAAUCGCCACGAGGAUGACCGGGCAUAUCCAUUUGGCGGAAAAGGACUUGAAGAAUGUUGAUAGUGAAAUGGGAGAUAAGUUAGCACCGUCGAUGAAGUCACUGCAUCAAGCUGUCAACAACUUUAAAAAAUCGGCAGACAAUAAGGAUAUUGAGGAGUUGAACAAGUUUGCAGGGAGUGAGUUGGAUACAUUGAGGUGCAGUGUGGAAGGGAAAGUAACUCAUCGUAUUAUUAGUGUCAGAGAAACUUUGCAAACUGAAUUUCAACAGAAAAUUGAGGAUCCCAUCAAAAAAGUGAAAACGAAAUUAACCAGUGUCGAUGAAGAUUUAAAAACAUGGAUUCAAGCUGCGAAGAAGUUGCUGCAGGGAGCGGUGACUGCAGCUGGCGAUGUGAAUACAGAUUUAGAUCCCCUU